CUGUGAAUAUGACAGCUGACCAAAAAAACACGGAACAAUCUGUUGAUUUGACCACAGAUAAUACGACUGAUUUAAAAGAGUCGAUGGCUUCAAUGAUGUCUGAAAUGAUGUCGGUCAUGAAAGACGAUAUGCUCAGACAGUUUGAGGAGUACUUUGCCGCUCCUGAGCCUGAGGCCAACACUGGUGAUAUUGAGGCAAAUAGUGAUCAACCCUCACCCGAUGUGUCGGCUGCCAUCGAAAAUUAUCUACAGCGUCCAGACCCUAAUUCGACGUCGAGUGCAUUUGACGAGUUAGCUGCUGAAUUUUCUACCACAGACAAAACGGGACCGGCAAUUGAUGACAAACUGGCUAAUAUUAUAAGUGAUUUAGUCAAAGACACUUUGCCUAAGACGAAACUGGACGAGGUAAUCAAUAAAUAUCCUCGCCCAGAGAAUUGCGAAAGUCUGGUUGUACCAAAAGUUAACAAAAUUGUUUGGCAACAUCUCAAACAAAGUGUCCGAACCACCGACAGUGCCAUGCAGAAAUGUCAAAAGUUAUUUACCUCGGCAAUGUAUGCCAUUAUUCAAGCAUGUGAGCAAGUCACGGGAGAUGUUAGAACGAUUUUAACACACGCGCUGGUUCUAGCCAUGUCUGGCAACAGAGAAUUUAAUCUCAGGCGACGGGAGUUACUGCGGCCAAGCCUUAAUUCUCAAUAUGCCACACUCUGUAAUCCAUCAACACCGAUAACCUCCGAAUUGUUUGGGGACGAUAUCAGUAAAGAAAUUGAUCAAGUGGCCAAAGCUAACCAACUUGGUAAUAAGCUUUCCAGUUUGCGCAGAGGCCGUGGGCAACGAUAUCACCCAUAUGCAGGAUCACCAUCGCCACACUACAGCGGUAUUGGGCCCAUGAGAGGUCAGGACAACAGAGCUCCCGUUCCUCGAAGUUUUCCAUCUUUUUUCGGAGGCAGAGGCUCCUAUCGACGCCGACUAGGAGCCAAAAUGGGUGCAACACAGACAAAACCCAGUCGCAACUAAUCACUCCUCACCAGGUUAGUUACAGGGAACAUAUAGAUAAAUUAGUUAAUAACCAACCACGUUUUGUUGGGGGACAGUUGAAGUUUCACGUAAAACAAUGGCAGGACAUUACAUCCGACCCUUUUGUUUUGCGUUGUGUUAGCAAUUGUGCAAUUGAAUUUGAUUAUGAACCUAUGCCAGCGAGACAUAUGUCAAAUCCAGAAUAUAAGUUUUCAUCCGCUGAGCAACAGGCCAUUGAUAACGAACUUGCGGAAUUUUUGUCAAAAGACAUUAUUGAACAGUCACAUUCUGAAUAUGGGAAAAUUAUCUCUCCAAUUUUUUUGCGACCCAAAAAGGACACUGGUAAGGUUCGAGUAAUAUUUAACCUUAAGAACCUCAAUAAAGCUGUCACCUAUCGCAAAUUUAAAAUGGACACACUGGAAUCGGCAAUUAAAUUAAUGAAACCAGGCUGUUUCAUGACUUCCAUAGACCUUCGUGAUGCCUACUAUAGCGUUCCUAUCACGCCAGAACAUAGAAAAUAUCUUAAAUUUAUGUGGCGAGGUGUAUUAUAUCAAUUCACAUCUUUGCCGAUGGGACUUACAAGUAGCCCACGUCUUUUUACUAAAAUUAUGAAACCUGUGUUUGCUACUUUACGCAGCGAUAUGGCCACUGUUGUUUGGGCUAUAUUGACGAUUCAAUCUACAUUGAAGAUACGGUAAAGUUAUCUGAAGCGGCCACAUUAAAUGCAACCCAAUUGAUCACUCGGUUGGGUUUUGUUGUCCAUCCGACUAAGUCGAUUUUUGAACCCACACAACUUUUGGAAUUUUUAGGAUUUUUGCUCAAUUCUCAUACCAUGACAGUUACACUAACCAGCAAGAAAGUAGCAAAAAUAGUAGCUGCAUGUGAACAUUUACUAAAACAGACGUCAAUAUAUUAUUAUUCGAGAACUGGCAUCAUUAAUUGGAACUUUAGUUUCCACGUUUCCAGGUGUUGAGUUGGGGCCCCUACAUUAUCGCACAUUAGAGCAUGAUAAAGAUCUCGCAUUGAAAAGAUCUAAUGGUAAUUUCGAUUCUGAAAUGAGUUUGUCCCCACCUAGUAUUGAUGAUUUGAAAUGGUGGGUCUCUUUCCUUCCAACCUCAUAUCGGACAAUCGAUCAUGGUACCCCACAUAUCACUAUGACAACAGAUGCUUCCCAGGUGGGUUGGGGAGCCACAGUUGAUGGACACAACACACAAGGACUAUGGGACGCCCAUGAAACAACAUUUCAUAUCAAUAUUUUGGAACUAUUGGCUAUACAGUUUGUGUUAAAAGCUCUUCUUGAUAAGGUUCAUGAUCAGCACAUCCGCAUUAUGUCCGAUAAUACGACGGCAAUAUCCUAUAUAACUUCGAUGGGGGAUGUCAGUCUAAAGAUUGUGAUAAUAUUGCUAGAGACAUAUGGUCAUGGGCUCGGAACAAUUGGCUGUCGGCCUCGUACACCCCAGGGAAACAUAAUAUUAUUGCAGAUAAACUGUCUCGGGAGUUUAACAUGA